AUGAACAAAAACGAGUGGGCCGAUAGGAAAUAUGUGUUGAAAGCUGUUAAACAAAAUGGAUCAACACUUGAAAAUGCUGAUUCAUCAUUGAAAAAAGAUAGAGAAAUUGUAUUGGAAGCUGUUAAACAAAAUGGGUUGGCACUUCAAUAUGCUGAUCCAGCAUUUAAAAAAGAUAGAGAAAUUGUGUUGGAAGCUAUUAAACAAAAUGGAUUGACACUUUUAUAUGUUGAUUCAUCAUUGGAAAAAGAUAGAGAAAUUAUAUUGGAAGCUGUUAUACGCUAUGGACCAGCACUCAAAUAUGCUGAUUCAUCAUUGAAAAAGGAUAGAGAAUUUAUAUUGGAAUCUGUUAAACAACAUGGAUUGGCACUUGAAUUUGCUGAUUCAAUAUUAAAAAAGAUAGAGAAAUUAGAAAUUGUAUUGGAGUCUGUCAAACAAGAUGGAUAUGCACUUGAAUAUGCUGAUUCAUCAUUGAAAAAAGAUAGAGAAUUUAUAUUGGAAUCUGUUAAACAAGCUGGAUUGGCACUUAAGCAUGCUGAUGAAUCAUUUAAAAAAGAUAGUAUAUUUAUUUAUUUAUUAAUUAAAUUGAACAAGGAAAAUGCAAGAAGGUUCUCACCCUCUAUAACCAAAACCAUUGAAGAAUCCAUUAAUCUUCAGACAAAGCUGUCAAGCAAUAUAAUUGAACAAUACUCCAAAAUAUUUAUGGAUGAAAAGGAUUUAUAUUAUGGUAUUGAAUUAACAAGUCUCUUUAAUCCAACACCAAAAAGUACAAUAUUCAAUUUUAAUCCUAUCUACACACCAAUAUUUGUUGAAAAGUUGAUUUUUUUUCAAAUAUUGAAACAAAUGAACCAUUCAGAAUUAUCCACUGAAAAUGUUCUUUCAGAAAGAGCUAACUAUUAUUUAUUUUGUUUCAGAUUGGACAAAUUUAUUGAAGAUAAUCCCUGUCAAUCAACAAGAAUGAAAGAUUUGAAGAAUAUUGUGGAACAAGUUGCAACAAAUUUCGAAACAUCAUUUUAUUCAAAACAGGAAAUUAAUGAAAUUAUGAAUUUUGCCAACAAGUGGUUUGAAAAUGAGAAAACAUUUGUAAAUUACAAACAAAUAAUUUGUAAAUAUAAUGAGCUGAGAGGAGAUUUAUCAAAAGUAUUCAAAGCUCUCAAUUAUUUCUAUAAUUAUUUCAAAUAUAAUUAUGAUUUCAUUUCAGUAUUAGGAUAUGGAGGUGAAGGUGUUGCAUUCAAAGUAUUUCACAAAAGUAGUAAAUCAUUAAGGGCAUUAAAAUUAAAAUAUGACCCAGAGGAAUCUGAAGAAUCAACAAAAGAAACCAUUAAUUUAUUGAAAAGAACAGACAUUGAAGGAAAGAUCAAAUGUUUUGAUUGUGACAUUAUUCAAAAUCAUUUGUAUACAGUGAUGGAACUUGGAGAGGAAUCAUUAUCAAAUUAUAUUUCAAGAAAUAAUCAAGAUGGAAUUUAUAGAAAUGGAUUCAUUAUUAAGGAAAAGUUGAUUGAAAUUCUUGAUAUAUUUAUCAAAGUAUUGAACUCAGUUCAAUCAAUUCAUGAUCACAAUAUUUUACACAGAGAUUUAGAUCCUCAAAAUAUUGUCAAAGUUCAAGAUUUAUACAAGAUAAUUGAUUUUGAAACAUCAAGAGUUAUCAAGACAGGUAAUUCAAUUACAAUUGCUCGUGGAAAGUUUGCCUACAUGUCUCCUGAAGUUUCACAUGAUAAUUAUUCUGAUGAUUUAUUGAAAAGUGAUAAUGAUGAAAAGCUUGCUCACAAUGUUGGACAAAUUACCAUUUCAUGUGAUAUAUUUUCAUUGGGAUGUAUUUUAUUGAAAUUAUUAGCAAAUUGUCCUCUGCAACUAUGUUCAACAUUUGUUAAUGAUCCAGAUGUCUCUAAAUAUAAUGACAAGUAUCCAUAUUUAAGUGGACAUGGAAAAUAUUUCUAUACAGUUGUGACAACAACAGAGGGAGAAAUGAAAUUACAUUAUGCAAUUGAAAAACUAAUCAAUCAAUCAAUUAAUCCAGAUUUAGGAGUGAAUAAUAUAUUGAUUAGAAGCAUUAUUAGCAUGAUUCAAAGAGAUUCAUCAAAAAGAUUGAAUUGUUAUUCUCACAAGUUAACCAUUGAGAAUAUUUUGAAAUACUUGAAAGGUGAAAUCAAAGAUAUCACUUUGAAUAUUGAAAAACAAGUUGGAGAAUUGAAGAAAAUAUCACCAUUAAGAAGUUACUCUCAACUUGCAGAGGAAGUUGAUAAACUUUCGGAUGAAAAUACCAAACUCGCAGAGGAAAACACCAACCUAUAUAAACUUUUGGAUGAAAACACCAUGGAAAAUAGCAACCUGUUAGAAAGAAUUAAAAUAUUGGAAGAGGAAAAUAGAAAACUCAAACAAUAA